AGCUGCUGGCAGUGAGUUAUAGCCACUGGCAGGAAGGUAUAAAUUCAGGCGCAGGGAGCAGGGCUGUUGAGCAACAUCCUGGCCUUGAUUUAAUACACUGCUCCAGGCAAUACACUGGGAUGCGAGCAAACACACAGGUUUGUAAACAAAACUCUCUGCCCCUCACAGCAAACAGAGGGAGUAUCAAGGAUUUCAUUCCACAGCUAAAAGACUAUAACCUCUUUUCUUAGGAAGACAGCAGCUUCGCACACACAAGCAUGAGAGCCAGGCGGCUGAUCUCCAUGACCCACCUGCCUACGAUCAGCGAGACGGGGGAGAUGCUGUUUUUGGGAGGGAGCCACGCCCAGGCCGAGGAGCCCCUGGCUGGGCUGGAUGAGUACGUUCAGUCCAUUAGCCAGCUGGCUCAGCCAUCCUCGCUGUCCAGCGGGCUCCCAUGUCCUUGCCAGAACAGCCAGAACAAGCCUGACAAGCCCCAGAGGGCACGGGCGAAAGUGGCCCAGAGUGGGGUUGCACUCCCCAGCCCUGAAAAGGUGCAGGACAAUGCAGCAUCACUGCAGGACAUCACAGCCCAGUUCAACCAGCAGCACAGCCCCCUGGGGCUCACUGGCUGCACUGACCCUCUAGCCUGGCUCUUUGGACUCUCAGAAGCAAAGGAACAGAGCCCAGGACUGCGGAGACGAGUGAGUCCUGCUCCCUGCUACUCCCAGACGGCCACCGACACAGGCUGCCCAGCAGCCCCCCAGCAGACAGCCCGGGGGAACCUCAGUGCCCCCAGCGACCCUAGCAGCGCAGCCCAGAAACUGAGUGGCCCAGCCCCACCUCUGGAGCGGAGAUGCCGCUGGCAGCGAUCGCGCAGACGUCCAGCUUUUCCCAGCUGUGUGGUGAGGGGUAGGCCCAGCCGGGCCCAGAGCACCCGCCUACCUGUCAUCUAUGAAUUGUGAUGGACUCUAAUAAAACUCACUUGUAAACAGUGCUCCGUGCAGCUGUUCUCUGGGGGUCACUGCCCGGGCGCCCAGCCCCAGGGCCUGCCUGGACUGUAUAGACACACAUCGCUCAGCGAACAGCACCCCACACCUCUUACCAGCCCCACACCUCUCUGGCCAGGGGCCCAAGCCUGCCUAGCAGCCAGACUCUGCCAGGGGUCUCCUCACAGCAGAUAGGCACUCAGAGGGCCGGGCACAGGGUGCAAACAGUGCUUUCCAGGUGCGUAGGAGGAUGUUGUCCUGAGUGA